AUGGAGAAAGCACAGCAUGAAAACGAAACCACUCUCACCAAGUUCCUUCUGCUGGGCUUUGGAGAUCUUGGGGACCAGCAGUUGCUUCUGUUUUUGCUCUUCUUAAUGAUUUACAUUGUGACCAUGGUGGGCAACAUCAUUAUUGUGGUGCUGGUUGUGGCUGACCACCACCUUCACACCCCCAUGUACUUCUUCUUGGGCAAUUUGUCUGGCUUGGAAACCUGCUACAGCUCUAACAUUCUUCCUGUGAUGCUGGCUAACCUGUUUCAUGGGGGCCAAGGAACCAUUUCUGUUGCGGGCUGCAUGACGCAAUAUUAUUUUUUUGGUUUCUUGGCAGCUUCAGAAUGCUAUCUCCUAGCAGCAAUGUCUUACGAUAGGUAUGUGGCAAUAUGUAAGCCAUUGCUUUAUACAGUGCUUAUGAAUAGCAAGGUGUGCCUGCAGCUAGUAGCUGGAUCUUGGAUAAGUGGUUCAUUGGCUAUUAACAUAACUAUAUGUUUAAUGCACCAGCUAAACUUCUGUGGUCCUACUGAAAUCAACCAUUUCUUUUGUGAUUUUAAUCCUAUAUUAAAGCUUUCUUGCAGUGACACGCAUAACAUCGAACUUUUAACUCUCUUCCUAGCUGCUGUGUGUUCCCUCCCCCCAUUUCUGUUGACCCUGACAUCAUAUGGCUACAUCAUAUCUGCCAUUGUGAGAAUCCCAUCUACCGCUGGGAGACAAAAGGCCUUUUCAACCUGCUCCUCUCAUCUCAUUGUGGUGUCCAUUUUCUAUGGCACAAUCAUGAUUGUUUACAUGUUGCCCAAAACAGAAGCCCUGCAAGACCUCAACAAAGUCUUCUCCCUUUUCUAUACAGUCUUAACCCCUUUGUUCAACCCCCUGAUAUACAGUCUGAGAAACAGGGAGGUAAAGGCGGCCUUCAGAAAGGCAGUAGCUAAGUUUUGUGUACUGGAACGGAUGUAA